UUCUUUCCUUAAGUGCGCGCAAACGGUUUGGAGUUUUCAAGAUACCAAUUAUUCAAAGAUCACUAUGUUAUGUAACGCAAAUUUCAUCAAUUAGAAGAGCGGGCGUUCUUAUGACAAACAAAGUCAAUUGCCGGAUGUGCAGGUUCCUCGUGGUGAUCCGUUUAUUCAUUGCAGAAUAAAUUUGAGUGAUUGCUAUAAUAUUUUGAUGAUAAUUGAAAAAAAAGAAGUAUGGUUCUCGGUAAUGCAGCCAUUCAUGGAUGUUGAGAGUUCAAGAAGUUAUGAUGAACUGUACUCCCUGGAUCCUCAGAAAUGCUUAGAGGCUAUUAUAUGCCUUAAGAACUCUGUGAUUGGAAGUAACAGACAGAAAGGUUCGGUAAUAGCUCAAGGUGUAGUACCUCGUUUAUUACAACUUCUUGGUGAUUCCACUGAUAGAAUUGGAGAUAAUAUAAGAUUGGAGGCUGCUGUGACCUUAGGUUCUCUAGCCAAAGGAACAGAUCAACAUGUAUUGGCACUCAUAGACCUUGGUGUAGUGCCAUUGCUUUUUCAGGUUAUAUUAUCUACACCAGUGUCAGAGACACCCUUAGAAGGAAAACCAAAAGUAACAGAUUUGUUAAAUGAAGCGUGCUUGCGUUGUUUACGUACUGUAUUUCAACAUCCAGCAGCUCCAGUUCACUCCAUAUAUCAAGACCCUGCAUUGGUACCAAGAUUGGUAUCUUUAGCGAAUCAAUCUGUUACUUGUCAAAUUUGUGUAGCAACAAUUUUAACAACAGCAUGCAAGACAACAGAAGAUCAAAAUGCAUUAUCAAAAGGUGGAGCAGUGGAGACAUUAGCAAUGCAAUUGGAUUCGCCAUUACCUGAUGCACAGUUAUCAGCUUUGGCUUGUUUGGCUAAUAUGUGUUAUAAAAAUUACAGGGUAUGCGUUAUGGUCGCUUCGGCGACUACGAGUAACACGCCGCAAGGUAGACUCGUACCCGUAGCAUUAGGACAAUUAAUGGGUCGCGAGAAGAGCUCCUUAAUUCAACUUGAGGCUGCGAGAUGCGUCACAUAUAUGCACAGAACUGUUUUGUUGUACAAAGAUCCAAGAAUUAUAUACCGAGCCUUGCCCUGUUUAGUGAGACUCUGUCACAGAGAUCAUCCUCCUCGCGAAAGAGUGGCUGCAGCCGAAACUUUAGCUUUUCUUACCGAGGUUAAUACCGAAUUACAACGUCUAGCUUCCAUAAGUAAUCAUUUAAUUCCUACACUGGCAGAACUUCUACGACCAUCAUCCGCAUGUAAAGUAUCAUGGUACUUAUUAAUGUAUCUAUUUGUACGUAUAUCGUUAAUAUCUUCCAGGUACCAAGAUGCAACGUUAACACAAGAUAUGCGACAAGCCGCGUUCAGAGUUGCAUCUCUCGGUGCUAAUGACGAGGAUAUUAGAAAACGUAUUAUCGAGACAGAGCUUAUGGAACAGGUGGUAGCAGGUCUUCAGGAUCCUGGAGGUUCUCAUGUACGUUUAGCAGCAGUUAGGUGUUUACAUUCUCUUUCUAGAAGUGUUCAACAACUGAGAACAACUUUUCAAGAUCAUGCCGUUUGGAGACCAUUGAUGCAAUUGUUACACGGAGCUGAUAAAGGAUUAGAGGGUAGAGGCGAAAGCGAAGUUGAUUUAUUAACCGUUGCUUCAAGUACUUUAUGUAACUUAUUACUGGAAUUUAGUCCGAGCAAAGAACCGAUAUUGGAAUCUGGAGGAAUAGAAUUGCUGUGUUCGCUUACAAAACGGUGUACACCAGCGUUACGAUUAAAUGGAAUAUGGGCUUUAAUGAACGUGGCUUUUCAAGCCGAGCAACAAGUGAAAUUACAAAUUUUACAAUGCCUGGGAACCGAUCAAAUAUUUUGCCUUCUGGCGGAUCAGGACAUACCUGUUUUAAUGAAAACGUUAGGUUUAAGAAACUUGCUCUCUACAAAAGCACAUAUAGAUCGUAUAAUGGGAGAACACGCAGCGCACGUUAUGCAAGCUGUCAUAUUAGUUUUAGAAGAUCCAAGACAUCCGGCAGAUGUUAAAGAGCAAGCUCUCUGUAUUUUAGCAAAUGUAGCUGACGGUAUUCGAGCAAAAGAUCAUAUUAUGGCUAACGAAGACGUGCAAAAGCUUAUGGAUUAUAUGAUGCAUAGUAACGUGAAGCUGCAGGUUGCAGCAGUCUUUUGUGUGUGCAAUCUAGUCAGGAGGGAAGAGCCUGGUGCUGCGCAACGGCAGGCACGUUUAAAAGAAUUGGGUUUUUAUCGUAUUCUACAACAAUUACGGCAAAGCAAGGAUCAUCAAUUAUAUGAAAAGGUCAGAACUGCCGUAAACGAAUUUUACGAUGCCUAAAUUUCAACGUAUUAAUGAAUAAAAUGAAGUUUUGAUUGAAAAUUC